UUGCGUAUACGUCACGGUAUCUUGCAUCAAAAUGAAGUAACAAGCCGAUAUGGGCAUUCAGUUCAUUACAAAACGAGUAAAACCAUUGCAAAGGAACAACUUCAUGCAAACACAUUCCUGCAUUUCUGUUGCUUAACAAACAAGCUUGUAACACCAUAAAAUUUAAUUUAAUUCGUUCUUUCCAAACCGCUUUUAACUAUAGUAGUAUGUCUGCCAGCUGCUUUGGCAGCGCUCGACGUUUGCUAGGCAUUCAUCGAUAGACGAAUCGAUAGCUAACGCAACGAGUGCAGAGAACGCAAUUACUAGCAUAGAAGAGGCGAUGGCUGCAAUGCGGCCUCCCGCCGCACCCAUCAAACCUAAACGAACAACAACAUCAAACACUUUCAAUUAAACCAAUGAGAGUUCUACGCUUUUCCACGGCCGCCAGCUCGCGGCUACACUCUCGCACGUACACACCGAAUAGAAUAUGCCGCAUUAGUCAACGAGUUUAACCAGUCAUGCAGCCGACUGCAUAUUUGACUUAACGCAAAAACAAUAAACAAAGGAACGACCGCGAAUAGUCGGUUCAGAGCAUUUGAGUGUGUCACCUCGUGUAACGGCAGCGGCAAUCAAAGAAUAUUUUGUUUAUAUCUUUUUGUAUGAUUAACGACGUACGUACGCUUUGCGGAGUGUAUGCGCUGCGGAAUAUUCAUAGAAACAAGACGAUCAGUGCCACAUUCACAACCGUGCCAUUUAGUCAGAACUGCUGACGCUGAGUAGUUAUAUUUUCGAACAGUUUAAAGUCAUUAUUUAAAAAAGGAAAACAAACAAAAAAAACGAAAGAAAACGAAAAUCAAAACAAUAAAAUUUUCUGUAACAACGAACCGUAAAAAUCUGCGCGCCCCACAAUGCUGGACACGAUCGUUUAUAUACCUACAAUAUUGGCGUACGUUUUUAUACUGCUGCUCGUGGUCAUCCUCUGCUUCAUUGUGGUCUAUGUCAGCCACAGGAUCUACGUUUGCAUCUACGACAAUCUGCCGGUGGCGCAUGCGGCCAUUUCCACCAUAAUGAGCAUGGAGUACAAGGACAAUUUGCCCAGCAGAAGUAACAGCGGCAUCGUCUUGAGUUCGAACGAAGCUCUGCACGAGCGAAAGGCGAAAACAGCGCUGCGUAUAAUUGUCACUCUCGCACCGUGCUACCUAGCCUAUGUGCCAGUGGACACUGAAAAACACGUCAAGUCUACGGAUGAUUUCGAAUUGAACGCGGACUAUCACGAGCACAAAAUGAUCAAAUACUAUGAUCGCCUGUCGCAAAUACCAAUAACAGAUCACAUGUCGUCGUGCGUCAGCGAGCGCCAGCUGUAUCCCAGUUCACGCCGGGUAGCAAGGCGCCGAGCAUCGUCGAGAAUCGCGGCAAGAGAUAAUGCGCCCAUAAAGACUGUAGCCACUUCCACCACCAGGCUAACGCAAUUUAUCGAAACCGGCAAUAAUUUCAGAGAGGUCGCCGCUUCCAGCCUAUCCGCGCCGACUGUGCGUCCAUCGGUCACCUUCGCGCAUGCCAUGAAUGCGCUCGGCAACAUCAAAAUCAAUCCGCCAGAAGAUACAAUUUAAAGCAUUUGAAAAAAUUCGAAAAUAUACAAAUUACUUACAAGAUAUCCGGACAGCAAAGACGAAUUUAUAUUGCUCGCUUACAGCAACAAUGUGUUUACGAGUUUAAUUACGGUAUUAUGCAGUUGAAAAACUCGUUUCUAUUAUUUCUAGAGCGAAGCAUUUAAAAGUGAUAUGACCACUUAGCGCUUCGUAAAACAGAAUUAAAGGUGUUUCAUGCAGUCACACACAUA